UAAUCACACAAUUCACACUUCCUAGUUCUCAACGGCAAUUCAUCAAAAUCAACGUCAAAUGGCUCCGAUUGCUGUUGGAGAUACGUUGCCGGACGGCACGGUAGCUUACUUCGAUGGAGAGGAUCAGCUCCAACAAGCCUCCAUACAUUCUCUCGCCGCCGGCAAGAAGGUGGUUCUCUUUGGAGUACCCGGCGCCUUCACUCCCACUUGCAGUUUGAAGCAUGUGCCGGGGUUUAUUGAGAAUGGUGAAGAGCUCAAGGCAAAGGGCAUCGAUGAUAUUCUACUAAUUAGCGUCAAUGACCCCUUCGUGAUGAAGGCCUGGGCCAAGACUUACCCUGAGAACAAGCAUGUCAAGUUCCUUGCUGACGGCUCUGCAGCAUAUACACAUGCUCUCGGACUGGAGCUCGAUCUUUCAGAGAAAGGACUUGGCGUUCGAUCCAAGCGCUUCUCUCUCUUAGUUGAUGACCUCAAGGUCAAAGCCACAAAUAUCGAAUCUGGUGGAGAAUUCACCGUCUCCGGUGCUGAGGACAUCCUCAAGGCUCUUUGAUUGAAUCUAUCUUUUGAUUGUAUGCGAACUCUUUGCAUGCUAGCUUUGGCCAUCCAUAUUUUAUCCAUGUAUUUUCUAGCUGUUGAACCGUAGUGAUAACGAGCAGAGCCCAUGUCGACCUUCUAUCGAACUGUGGUUUUGUGGGGUUAAUUAGAUGUUUGAGGCUCCCUUCAUAUGAAUAAUGAAUGAUCAUGCUGUUGCUUGUUCCA